AUGGCAUCCACUUGGAAACUGACGAAAAAGCUUAAAGAAACUCACAUCUCCGCUGCUUUCCUUCGGGGUUCAUCAUCUCAUAACCAAAGUCCGGGGAAUUCCUCUCGGUCAAAUACACUAGUUUCCGGUAAGGACGCGCGUGAUGAAUUGACUACCCCGCGUCCUUCGGUAUCCAAGGCCCCUUCGUCGGAUGGUAGUCGCACAGUUUCAAAAGAGUCGGCGAACUCCGCAUCGGAGUCAACGAUGGCCGCUGCAACAGCUACUUCCAAAAAGCCAUCUUUGUUGAGGGUCAAAAUAUAUGGAAGUACGGAUUUGGUAGUCCCCGCAGAAGUUCGCGCGGCUUUGCCGGAGUGGGCAUUCGAUUCUAGUACGACUCGUCCUCCCCCCAUUUAUUUGGUCCUCGAUUAUGAUAAAAACCAGAUAGUGCUGGAUGCAAUUGGUGGAACUGCUGAAAGUCCUGUUUGGGACAAAACGACGGCGUUCGACGCAGCGUCUUCAUCGCCGCCCCUAAAGGCGGAAAUUUUUGCUCGCACAGUACAGCAUAUCCAAGAAGAUGAACGGGAUCCUAAACUUGCAAGCAACAGGAAUUCGUCUUCAAGCCUCAUGUCUGCAUUUUCUACUAAAUCAAAUGCGAAAACCAACACAAUGCCCCCUUCGUCUGGCACGACUUCUAUCAAAUCUAUCCAUCUCGGAAGCUUACUUCUUCCGACAGACAGCUCGUCCCCUAGCGAGCCUGUCCAACUAAAAACGCAACAGGGCCGAAAUGCAGGCUCUCUGCUGAUAAGGUUUGAAAAACAAGCUACCCGCAAUCAGCCUUUGACAAUCGACGAUUUUACUUUACUUAAAGUUGUUGGUAAAGGCUCUUUUGGAAAAGUGAUGCAGGUUCGCAAGAAGGAUACUCAGCAGAUUUACGCUCUCAAAACAAUUCGUAAAGCUCACAUCGUUUCGCGUUCGGAAGUUGGGCAUACCCUUGCGGAGCGUAUGGUUUUGGCUAAGAUCAACAAUCCCUUCAUUGUUCCCCUCAAGUUCAGCUUCCAGAGCCCUGAGAAACUCUACCUCGUUCUAGCGUUCGUCAACGGAGGUGAACUUUUCCAUCACCUUCAGCGCGAAGGUAGAUUCGAUCUUAACCGCGCACGAUUCUAUACUGCCGAGCUGCUGUGUGCGCUUGAAUGUUUGCAUGAAUACAAUGUUAUUUAUCGAGAUUUGAAACCAGAGAACAUUCUCAUCGAUUACUCUGGACAUAUUGCGUUGUGUGACUUUGGUCUUUGCAAACUGAACAUGGGGAGCGAAGAGAAAACAAACACAUUUUGUGGAACGCCAGAGUACCUUGCGCCAGAAGUGCUGAUGGGUCAGGGAUAUACGAAGGUGGUUGACUGGUGGACACUGGGUGUUUUGUUCUAUGAAAUGCUAACAGGACUUCCUCCCUUCUACGACCAGAACACACCGAACAUGUAUCAGAAAAUUCUUCAUGACCAGCUAACUUUCCCUUCAAACAUGGACAAAGACGCUCGAUCACUACUCCAAGGGCUCCUGGAUCGCAACCCGAAGACUCGACUGGGUGCCAAUGGAGCUGUCGAGAUUAGAGCGCAUCCCUUUUUCAGGCAAAUCGACUGGAAAUGCCUCUUAAACAAAAAGUACGCUGCUCCUUUCCAACCUUCCGUUGUUUCUGCAACUGAUACUUCCAACUUUGAUCAAGAAUUCACCAAUGAGGUGCCAACUGAUUCAGUGGUUGAUGCUGCGUCUGUAUUGACUGCCAGUGUACAGCAACAAUUUGGAGGUUGGUCAUAUGCAAAUGAGGGUCAACUCGCAGCCAGUGGAAAGUGGUAA